CAGCCUCAGCUCCCACUUUUGCACUGAAUCAGAUGAAGAAAACUAUAAUUAUUACCAGGGGCCAAGAAGUUGUCAUUGAGUGCAAACCACAAGCCUCUCCAAAACCAACCAUCACUUGGAAGAAAGGAGACAAAGCAGUAAGAGAGAAUAAGAGGAUAACUGUUCUUCCAGAUGGGAGCCUACAAAUCCUGAAUGCUUCCAAAUCUGACGAAGGAAGGUACUUAUGCCAAGGAGAAAAUGUGUUUGGUUCUGCAGAAACUGUAGCCUCAGUAUUGGUUAAAGAACCAACACGGAUAGACCUGACUCCCAAGAGGACUGAGUUAACCGUUGGAGAAAGCAUUGUCCUCAGUUGCAAAGCCAUUCAUGACAACACACUAGAUGUCACUUUCUGCUGGACUUUGAAUGGGCAGCCAAUUGAUUUUGAGAAGGAAGGCGGACACUUUGAAAGCAUCAGGGCACAAGCAUCCUCUGCAGAUUUAAUGAUCAGGAACAUCCUUCUGAUGCAUGCUGGGAGAUAUGGCUGCAGGGUACAGACCACAGCAGACAGUGUGUCAGAUGAGGCAGAACUUCUUGUUAGGGGUCCUCCUGGUCCCCCAGGAAUAGUGAUAGUUGAGGAAAUUACAGAAACAACGGCGACGCUCUCCUGGAGUCCUGGGGCAGACAACCACAGCCCUAUCUCCACAUACAACUUACAAGCACGUAGCCCAUUUUCACUUGGCUGGCAGACCGUAAAAACAGUUCCAGAGAACAUAAGUGGUGACAUGGAAUCUGCUGUGGCAGUAGAACUGAACCCAUGGGUGGAAUAUGAAUUCAGAGUUGUAGCAACCAACAAAAUCGGGACUGGGGAUCCCAGUGCACCAUCUCGAGUGAUCAGAACCAGUGAAGCAGUUCCAAAGACAGCACCAGCUAAUGUAAGUGGAAGAAGUGGAAGACGGCAUGAAUUAGUAAUAGCAUGGGAGCCAGUAUCAGAAGAGUUUCAGAAUGGAGAAGGAUUUGGAUACAUUGUGGCUUUUAGACCAAAUGGAACACGAGGGUGGAAAGAAAAAAUGGUGACAUCCUCAGAUGCUUCAAAGUUCAUCUAUAGGGAUGAAAGUGUGCCACCUCUGACUCCCUUUGAGGUGAAAGUUGGUGUAUAUAAUAACAAAGGAGAUGGACCCUUCAGCAACAUUGUGGUCAUCUGUUCAGCUGAGGGAGAACCCAGUGCGGCUCCUACUGAUGUCAAGGCUACAGGAUUGUCUGUAUCAGAGAUUCUGGUUGCGUGGAAACAUAUUAAAGAAAGUCUAGGAAGACCACAGGGAUUUGAGGUUGGUUACUGGAAAGAUAUGGAGCAGGAAGAAGCAUCAGAAAAAGUCAAAACUGAAGGAAAUGAGUCGUCCAUCAUUUUGACAGGAUUAGAAGGAAACACAUUAUAUCACCUAACAGUGAGGGCGUACAAUGCUGCAGGAUAUGGACCACCGAGUAGCACAGUCCGUGCAGCCACCAAGAAAUCCCCUCCCAGCCAGGCACCAACCAAUAUUAUGUGGAUGCAAGAUGGGUCUCAUGUGUCUCUGGGAUGGGAACCAGUUAGACCUCUAGCAAAUGAAUCUGAUGUAAUGGGAUACAAGGUCUUGUUUAGGCAAGAAGGCCACAGCAAUAGUCAAGUAAUUGAAACACAGAAAACCUCUGCCGUGGUACUUCUUCCUGAUGUUGGUGUCUAUAUCAUAGAGGUUUGUGCAGUCAGUGAAGGAGGGGAUGGGACAGCCAGCUCCCAAAUCAGAGUACCAUCUUUUUCAGGUGGAAAAGUUACAAGCGCUCAAUCCACUUUACAUGCUUUCUCUACUUCCUCAUCAUCUGUAACAUUGCUCUUGGCACUGAUGGUCCCUUCCACCUCAUGGUGAAGACUGCAGACCUUUUUUUUCAUUGUUUGUUUGCUUUAGCUUGAUAACACCAAUGGAUGGAGCUUUAUGUUCAUGAAGAAGCUGGAACCCUAAGCAAAUGCCUAAAAACCCAUAGAAAUACACAUGGUGCCCUUAGAGGAGUGUUGGAAAAAUGAUAAAUGAUUCAUCAGGUUUUCUCUUCAGUUUUUGUAGAUGUCCUCUGUUUGGGGAGGGGACACUUACUGGUCCAACAGAAAUAUGCAGAUUGUAUGUAAUAAACUUUUGUAAGCAAAUGUAAUUUCUGUCUAAUGUACUUUACUUUUUUAAUAUGUUUAACUUUGGCGAUCCUCAGUUAUGUGCCAUUAGUUGUUUAAAUAGUGGUGUCUAGUACAGUACAUUGGUUUUGUUUGGGAAUUUUUUUUUUUUUAAUGAGUGAAGUUUGAUAAGGACUUUGAAUCUAGUGCUUUCAUUGCUUCCCCUAAGGCUGUCUGCUCACAGUGACAAGGCAGUAGGAGACAAGAAAAAGUUCAGUUAUAUGGCCCACUGGAUAAAUACAGUAAAUAUUUUCUAGAAAAAUGUAUGAACACAUAUUGAAUUAGCAAAAUUUCUCAAUCUGAUAUUUUGAAAGCCCUCCCGAGAAAGAGAACAAAGCAGAGAAGAAGCCAUUAAUUUUAUUGCAAGGUAAACUGGAAAUGACUGAACACAAACGUAAAAGGAAGUAAAUGCUAUUGUUUUUCAUCAAACUGCAUGCAGAGGAGGUAAAUGUUUAUUUUUAAUAGAAAAAUAAAUAAUCUAAAUUCAUUAACAGUGCAUACAGCAGUUCAACCACCACUGGGCAUUUAAUCAUAGCAUACAGUAGUUGCUAAAUGAGCAAAUAAAAGGAAUGCAAGGAGACAAAUCUGCUUUUUUUCUGUCAGUCUUAGAUCUUAUUUUUUUAGUCCAUUUUUGUAUGGUACUGUGCUUUCUAUAUUUGGUAAUUAAGAUAAAGCUGAAGUAUAUAAGAAUGCAUAUCAUGGAGAGACCAUAAUAUUUCAUGGACUGUAGUCAUGCAAACAUGCAGAGUUCAGUUAGAAUAUGUUUUGUGGAAUGUUGUGUUCCAAAUGACACUUGGGUAAAUAAGAAUUAUCAAGCAAGAUUUCCAGUUGGCAAAGCUACUGGAUAUUCUUCUAGAGCUCACCAGAUAGGCUGAUUUUAUAGGGACUGUGUGCUAACAUCUUUAAUCCCAGCCAUUCUUCUGCUGUAUCAGUCUUUUCUCCAUUCUGUAAUCAGUUAGGAGUCGCCAUUCUAGAUCUAAAGGCCCUUCUUCAUAUUGGUACCUAAGCCCAAAUAAUCCCUAGUGUAUAUGGUGUGUGUGUGGGGGGUUGUACAGUGUGGAGUGUGUGGUGUUCUCAACGAGGGGACUUUUUACUACUGUGUUUGUAGGGACUGUGCCCAGGAUGAACUUUACCUUGUUUGCAGUAAUCAAGUGUGUUGUGCUCAAAUCAUUGUAUCAGGAAAGUCCUGGUAGCAUAACUCUUAUAGCUGAUUCUCUAACUCUUUUCAUAUAGAUCUAACUCAGGUAGUGGGUUCUCUAACAAAAAUUCUAUCACUUUUCUUGCUAGUCAGCACAUUCCAAAUGUGCCAUUUCUUCCCCUUUAAAAUAACAGCCAGGGAAGCAGCAUAGCAGAGCAGAUACUCAAUAGUUUUACAAACUGAAAGAUAGAUUUUCAUUUUUUAUCUUUUUGAACAUUUUACAAAAAUAUUUUUUUCAAAAGCCAUUAGAAUCAUUUUCUUUGUUACCCACUGAGAAUUUUAAAGGUUCUAUUCAGAUCACCCCAGAACCAGGUUUUAAAUAUUCUUAGUCACCAUAUUGCUAGGAGAGCAAUGAUAAGACAGUUAUCUGAGAACCAAAAAUUUUGAGAUAGAAGACAAGAAAAGGACUUCCUUGAACAACUUCUUCUGAAAUAAGUGUUUGUGGUCAAAGAACGGGGCAGGGGGUGGAAUAGAUUGCAUGCAGUGCACAUUGGCUUCUCUGCCUUGCUGAUAGAGCAAAUUGAAACAAAGCAAAUGCCUGCUGUGGGUUGCAAAACAGAAGCAUUUCCAUUAUGCAAGAGAGCUUGCAUGACCAGGCUCAUGUUUCUAAAGAAAAAUCAGCAUCAAUAAUGAACCAGAGGGCAAAAUUUCUGCAUUCUAAAAUUAGUUAAAUGUAAUUCCCUGACUGUACACCAGUGCAGUUCAAUCAAGGGUAUUCAUAAUCAAAGGGGUUACAGUCACCAUUGGUGACAUUCUAGUCACACAAAUUUCUGAAUACACUAAAUGGAUAUGGUUGAUGACAAGUAUCAAAGUCCGGUGUGGAUAAAUAGAUAUAAGUACAUCUACUUAUAUCUAGAUCAGUAGCAUCAAAAUAGUGGUGGAAACAUGGAACACACCUUCAUGUCAUGUAAUUGUAUUGCAGGGACACAAGGGGACAUGUUUUAUACUCAACAUGAAUAGAAUAUGUAUUUUGCAUCUUAAAUAUAUUAAUAAACAUGUUUUAAAUGUUUAAGAAUCUAUGUAUUACAUAUUUGUUAUUUGCAGAAGGCAAUGUGUCCUUAUCAUGACUCAUUAAUUUUUAGCUGCGAAAAGAGUUGUUUUUUUUUUCUUUAUUGAAUGAGCUUGUAACAGGGCAGUCACUAAAAAGACUGUAUUUUUGUAUAACAUCGCAAAAGCUGUUUUGAAAAUAAAAUAAAAAAAUUAAUCGAAGGCAUUUUGUUUGUAGCCCAGAACAAAGUUACUGUCAUGGCCCAUAUCAAAACAUUAGCUAUAUUGUAUACAAUGUGUACAUAUAUUAUAUAUAAUGGUAUAUACUAUGUGAAAGACACAGUAAAAAUAAUAGUUCCUGUGUACUGUUCUUGUAACAUUAGACCUUUUUAAUAAAUAAUUCUCUUUUUAUUGACUUUUAUCUUAUGUCCUGUCAGCUUCUGAAUAAUAUUUAUUCAGGAUAGAAUGCCCAUAAUAUUGUGGAUUCUAACAAGGACAGUCACUUGCUUCCCAUGUCUUUCAAGAAGAAAAUAGGAAUCAACAGUAGUGCAUCUGGAAAAUCUGACCAAUAAGAUCAAAAGAUUUUUUGAUAUGGUGCCUUUAUCAUUUCAAGCAAAUGUUAAUUUCUCCUGGGAUUGUGUAAUUUCUGUAUUUAAAUACAAAAAAAUACAUGUGAAG